UGUCAACAAGCCGAAAGCGAGAAAACCACGUGUGAUAUUUAUUUCCACAGCUUGAGAUGUUCUAAAAUUACUCUAAUAGAUUAAUUUCAUCAAAAUGCCGACGCCCGACAAAAUUCUUCUCAGGAAAAUUAAGAAACGCGAAAAAAAUAAAUUAAAGCUAGCCGAGAAAAAGUCAAGCGUGCCAGAGACAACAUCUGAGCCAGAGCCAAUUAAAGAUUUAAAGAAACGGCCACAUGAAAACAAUGUCCCUGAAAACAUAACAAAAAAAAAAAAGAAGAAGAAGAAGGUACAACAAGAACCAGUGGAAGUGAAAGAAGAAACCACGGAAAAUGAUUCGGACAAUAAUGAUGGAAAUGAGAGUGAUGAUAAUGAUGAGAAGGAAACAAUUGAGAAAAAGCCAGACCCAGAUUCAAGCCAACUUCCAGGAUCCAGCUUAUGCCUCGGUAUUUUAUCUACUCAAAGCUUCUCUGCAUUGGAGGACAAAGUUUGUGAAGCAACACUCAUGGGUGUAAAAGAUAUGGGUUUCACAACUAUGACAGAGAUUCAAGCUAAAGCCAUACCGCCUCUGCUCGAAGGCAGGGACCUUGUGGGAGCAGCCAGGACAGGCUCUGGAAAGACUUUGGCUUUUCUAAUACCAGCUAUUGACCUUAUUUAUAAGCUGAAAUUCAAGCCAAGAAAUGGCACAGGAGUCAUAAUUCUGUCACCAACAAGAGAGUUGUCUAUGCAAACUUUUGGAGUAUUGAUGGAGUUAAUGAAGUAUCACCACCACACCUACGGGUUGGUUAUGGGUGGUGCUAACAGAAGUACAGAAGCUCAAAAGUUGUCUAAAGGUAUUAACAUUCUGGUAGCCACCCCAGGGAGACUGCUGGAUCAUUUGCAGAAUACUCCAGACUUCCUGUACAAAAAUCUGCAGUGCCUAGUUAUUGAUGAAGCUGACAGGAUAUUGGAGAUUGGAUUUGAAGAAGAAGUGAAACAAAUCAUAAAAUUAUUACCCAAACGCCGACAGACUAUGCUGUUCAGUGCUACGCAGACCAAGAAGACGGAGGCAUUGACAGCUCUGGCUGUCAAACACGAGCCUGCCUAUGUGGGAGUUGAUGACCACAGGGAGCAAGCCACUGUUGAUGGUUUGGAACAAGGUUACAUAGUAUGCCCGUCAGAAAAGCGCAUGAUGGUCCUAUUCACAUUCCUGAAAAAGAACCGAAAGAAGAAGGUGAUGGUGUUCCUGUCCACCUGCAUGUCCGUGAAGUACCACCAUGAACUGUUCAACUACAUCGAUCUGCCCGUCAUGUCUAUACAUGGUAAACAACAGCAGUCGAAGCGAACCACAACCUUCUUCCAGUUCUGUAACGCCGAAAGCGGUAUCCUGCUCUGCACGGACGUGGCGGCCAGAGGGCUGGACAUCCCGGCUGUCGAUUGGAUUGUCCAGUAUGACCCACCUGAUGAUCCUAAGGAAUACAUCCACCGCGUGGGCAGAACAGCGCGCGGUCUCGGCACCAGUGGACACGCGCUACUCUUCCUGCGGCCGGAGGAGCUCGGUUUCCUGCGCUUCCUGAAGCAGUCCAAGGUCACGCUCAACGAGUUCGAGUUCUCGUGGAACAAGGUGGCCGAUAUUCAGCUCCAGCUGGAAAAACUGAUAUCAAGAAAUUACUUCCUAAAUCAGUCCGCCAAGGAAGCAUUCAAGAGCUAUUUGAGGGCGUAUGACUCGCACCAUCUGAAGACUAUAUUCGACAUAGACACUAUUGAUAUGGCUAAAGUCUCAAAAUCGUUCGGUUUCACCGUACCGCCCGCAGUUGAGCUCAAAGUUGAGAAGAAAGGGCCUCCGACGAAGCGCAAGGGAGGAGGCGGGUAUGGAUAUUUCAAAUCACUGAAUGCUCCGAUGAGCCAGAAGAAUAAGGCAGAGAAAACAAAGAUCUACCGACAGAAAGGCGGUAAUAAGAGACCAGUGAGCUGAAAUGUAUGUUAACUAUUUUAAGUUAUAAUAAAACAUUGUAAUUUACA